GACAAAUCAAGAUUAUGCACUAAAAUAUGAAAAAAAAGUAAAAGAUGGGUUCAAAAGAUUUUUAUUUUUAUUUAAAACUAAGUAAAUAAACAUUGACUUUAGUAAUAAAAAACAAACAAAAUGAUAUAUAAACUGAUUGAAAUGAUCAAAUUUCUAUCUUAAAUGAUGACAGAUCCAUAUGAAUAUUUCUAUCAUUAAAGAUUCAUCAAGUAUAUUAUGAACUGUAAUAAUUAUCAUUUGUUAAUAUAUUGGUUGAAUUUAUUUCACAGUUGAUAAUAUUUCUUUAAACACUAUCUUCACACUUAUUCAUAUAUCAAAUAUAUAUAUAUAUAAAGAGAGAGAACUUCUUUGAAUGAAUUUAUAUCGUUUUGCAAGUCAAAUUCUUAAUGAAAAAGAAUUCGAUCUUAGAUUAUUACGUCUAGGUCGUUUUCAACCUUGGGGAUUUCGAUUUAAUAAAAAUCAAGGACGUCUAUGGGUAUCUGAAGUAUAUUCUUGGUCUCCAGCUUUUGGUUGGCUUGAGAUUGGAGACGAAAUUCUAGAAAUUGAAGGUCAUUUAGGUACCGAAUUAACAGAACAAGAAUCUUAUUCACUUACUGAAUUGAAAAGUAAUUAUCUACGUCUUGGAAUUCGACGCUUACCAAUGUUUAGUAAUCAGUAUAUGGGAACAAGGCCAACUUCUAGAAAUCUUUCAAGAGCUGCCAGUACAACAGUAUAUGGUCAAUCUGGACCAUAUUCUAGACUUAAUGCACAACAACCUCAACAGAAACCAGUAAAUGCCAAAGAUAAUAAUGAUGUUGAACCAGAAGAAGUUGAUUACAGUUUUAUGAAUCUACCAGUUCGUGAAAGACGAAAACUUUUUCUUGGUGGAGGUCAACCGCCUAGUAUUCAAAGAGGUUAUCUACAUUCAUUAACAAUGCCAAGAAAAAGAAACGAUGUAAACAAUUUUCAUAAUCGAUAUGAAACUCAAUCGGAAUAUGGUGGAACAGAUCAUAACUUUGGAUGGGAUGCUCCAGUAACACCAACAUGGGUUAGAGAAAAUCGUACAACCAAUACCAGUGAACCAGUAAAAUCAAGAUCAACUAAAACAUUCAGUUUGUCUACAAUGCCAUCAGAAAAAUCAUUUCAACAGGAAUUCACUCAAUACGUUGCUGGACCACCUUCACCUCGUUACAAUCAGAACCCACCUGCUACUACAAACUAUUUCAAUACUGUGCAACCAAAAUCUAAUUAUAAACAAAACUAUCCUCAAUACUCUGCAACUAUACAUGUUCAAGAUUCACAUCCAACUGGGAACAUAACAUCUGGACGAGUGUACAAUGGAAGCUCAACACGUAUCUACCCAGCUAAACAAUAUAAUUCAAGUUCAUCACCUGUUAGACCAAUUACACCUUCAUCAGUCUAUCCAUCAUAUAAUUCGUACAAUUCAAUAUCGCGUGGUUCCGGCAGAGUUGUACAACCUCUACGUGUAAAUGUAUACAACAGCGAUAAUGCAUCUACGGUAUACAGUCCACAUAGAAAAGUAGAAAGUUCUCCCAACUGGAAUCCUAGUUCACCUAUUUAUCCAGCAUAUCCAGCCUAUAUGGAUAAAUCAAAUCAUGUUGAUAUUCAGCCUUUACGUUAUAGACGAGAGCAAUCUGUUCGACCAGUAACAAUCUAUUCAACAAAUAAUCCAUCAACUAAUACAACAAUUGAAACGAAACAAGUAUGGAAAGCUAUACCAGCUCAGAAUUGGUUAGAUACACAAAGAACAGUACGUAGUGGUACAUUUAUAACUACAACGAAGAAAAUUCCUAGUGGACGACGUCCAGAUAUUAACAAUGAUUCAUCAGGUGUGUCAGAGUUUUAACUAUCAACAUCUGUUUCGAUUUAACAACAAUAACAUUACAUAACUACUUAUAUAUUGUCAAAUAUGAAAUAAAAAAGCAUUUUUACAUUUCUAGUAAUCAAUAUGACAUCGGAAAAUAUUAUAGAAUUAGAAGAGUUCAAUUGAAUAGGAAUUGUUCUUCAUUUUAGUAAUUUAUUUCCCAAGAUUACAUCUAGUCAUUUAUUUUACCCUUGUUUUAACGCUAUUUAAAUCAUUAACUAAGGUAACAUAUUUGUUUGCUUCUUUUUGCUUUGAUUUUAACAACAAAUAUGUAUGAUGACUCUUUUGUUUUGUUUAGUUUUUUCGUCAUGGUUUUCGUCUACAAACACUAAUGAGAU